UCCUUACAGAAGGAUUUAAAAACCAAUUCGUUAAUGGAUAUUAAAAAAUUGACUAGUAUUGCUAGGGAGGAAAUUAAAUAUUGUAAAUCUAUUGCAAAAGUUAUUUCUACAAGAAUUAAAACAGCAAGUGCAGAGGAGAAACUUCCGAGUCUCUAUUUAUUAGAUUCAAUUAUUAAAAAUAUUGGAGGAGAAUAUAUUGAUGAAUUUAGUGCUGGAAUUUCGGACUUGUUCUUUUACUCAUUCAAAGUACAAAUAGAUUUGAAUAUUCAAAUUAAAUACUUGAAAUUAUUAAAAACUUGG